AGCCAUCUGUAGGUAGCCGGCCGGUGGCUGGCGAUGGGUGCAUUGCCGAAGAAAGGAAGAGGGUCGCCCCCUGGCAACGGCGAAUGGGCAUGGGUACCAGACCAUCGCGAGCCCGGUACCGGCGGGCGAAGUUCGAUUCAGUCUCGCGGCGGUACGCUCUGACGAAAGGAUGGUGAGAUUUUUUGCGGCAAAGAUCGAUGUUUGUCCGGUUUGUUGGUAAAGUUUUGACGGCGGUUUUUCCGUUAACGAUAUUGGAGUUUUUGUUUUGGAUUAUAUUUGGUGAGUGGAUAAUGAAGGUGUAGGUAUUCCGUGGAUAAUGCAUAACAGGAAGCCUUAAGCCACGCUUAUCACCAUGACGUACUACUACAACCAACUCCCGUACUACCUCUUAGUUCUAUUUUUCUUUCUCUCAACCAAAGCCGAUGAUCUUCUAGAUCAAUACGUGAAACAUGUCGAACUAGUCAACAAAUUCCGUGAUUAUGAUCAUUCGCUCGAUCAUCACAAGUUUAAUAGUGAGAAAUCCAGUAAACGUUUAAGGACAAAGAGGGAAUCGGAUAUUGUGUGGACACAUUCGGUUGCUUUGGACAGUGAGGGGUUUAUUGUGCUGAGAUGGCAACCCAGGCACCAAGAGAUUUUGUUUAGAAUUGAAGCAAAAACUCUGGGUUAUAUUGGAUUGGGGUUCAGCCCGAAUGGAGGAAUGGAAGGAGCAGAUAUUGUUAUAGGAUGGGUGGAUGAUAAAGAUCAUAAAGCUAUGUUACUGGAUUGUCAUGGGGUUCCAAAGAGUCAAGGCAGCGCCCCUGUUAGAGACAUCAUAGACAACUACACCCUGAUGAAAGGUGAACAGAACGGGACUCAUACUAUUCUAGAAUUCAGAAGAGUAUUAGACACUUGUGACGUCAAUGACUAUGUUUUAUCGGGGGAUACCGUAAGAAUCAUUUGGGCUCUACACAAAAACGAUCCACGAUCAGAGACUGAUAUGGUCUAUCACGAAGACCGAAGAGGUGUUCAAAGUGUUCAUUUACUAGGACCUCCGCCGCUGCCUAAACAAUCCAGUGACUUUACCAGACACUGGGAUGUAGAGUUAAAGAAUUUCAAAAUUCCCAACAACAUGGAUACUGUGUAUUGGUGUAAAGUAUUUAAAGCACCAACCUUAAACGUCAAACACCACAUAACAGGAUUUGAACCUAUAAUUGGAAAGAACCACUCUAACAUGGUACAUCACAUGAUCAUGCACGAAUGUGAGUUACCUGGCAACUACAAUUCAGCAAUUUGGGAGAAAUACGCAAACGAAGAUGGACAGCUAUGUUACAAUAAUAUGCCCUUGGCUUGGGAGCAGUGUUUAACACCUUUAGUUGCAUGGGCCAUAGGAUCAAAGGGUGAGAAUUUCCCAAAUCAUGUUGGAUUACCUUUGGCAAGCAAAAAAAAUUCUUAUUUUAUGUUGGAAGUACACUUUGACAACCCUCAGAUGAAGUCUAUUUCUGAUACGUCGGGAUUAAGGUUAUUCUACAGUAACAAACUACGAGAAAACGAAGGAGGCAUUCUAAUAACAGGAGUCGCUCCGUCCACAUUACACUUCAUUCCCCCGUUUCAAAGAGAGUACAAAACAGCCGGAUACUGCAGUUUGGGAUGCACUAAAGAGAUGUUCCCCAAAGAAGGAGUUAAUGUCGUCUCGGUGAUGCUACAUUCGCAUUUAGCUGGCAGAAAGUUGAAACUUCGACAUAUACGAGGUGGAAGGGAACUUCCCCCUUUAGCAGAGGAUGAGCACUAUGAUUUCAACUAUCAACAAUCACGAGCACUCAGUCAAGACACCACUAUACUUCCUGGCGAUGGCCUAAUCACAGAAUGCACCUACUCGACUGAAGGAAGAAACAGGCCAACACUAGGAGGAUAUUCUACCAGAGAAGAGAUGUGCCUAGCUUUUGUACUGCACUAUCCCAGAACCGAACUAGCCGGGUGUUAUUCCAUCCCUCCUGUGCGUUACUUUUUCGAAAACUUGGGAGUAAAAGAGUUCUAUGGGAAGAAUAUGAGUCAAGUAGAAGCAGCUCUGUUAGAGGGCAAAAUGGAAACCGAAUAUUCGCCGGCGACGAUAACGCAAAAACCGUUCGAGAGUCGGCCGGGGGAUGAGAUGUCACCCGAAGCCAAUUUGAGGGCGAUAAUGGCCUUAAAGAACGCCAAAGAGUACAGUAUCGAGGGCGAAACAUCCGACCAGAGUGUGUUCGAGAAACUAAUUAUAAAAGAGCCAUCUGAGUUCCGAAACAAGACAUUCAUGUCACACCUGCAAAAUAUUCCGUACAACGAAACAAUACUUACCAAGAAAAUGGAGGAAUACUUCUACAACGGUCUCCAUAUGACGUUUUGCAGAAAGAGGGAUGAUUCUUUAGCUAUUAAAGAAACCAUUGAGAAUUUACCUCGUUUUGAAAAGUAUCAGAACAAAGAGAACAUCCAGUGCAGCUACAAAUCCAAAAGGGCUUAUACAAGUUCUGCAUCAAUGAGCAAGGUGUUGCAAUUUUCGAACUUAGUUUUCAGUAUCAUAUUUAGUAUCAUGAUAAGACGAAAACUUACAUAGAAUGCUUUCUUUAUAACUACUUUGUAAAAAAAGUUGUUAAAUACACCGAUGAUAAAGUAGUUGACAGAAAAAGAAAACCAAAUUUUAAUUAUAAAUAGUUUUUAUAUUGUUUUACAAGUAAUAUACACAAGAAAGUUUUCAAAAUCAUAAUAUCCCAUAUACAUUUAUUCUUUAUUUGACGCACAUGAAGAAAAUCUAAUUUAUUUAUUUUUAACACAGAAAAAGUAUUGUUUUAAAAGUUUCUCGGCAUAAUUUUGUUACGUCUUUCUUUUAUAUAAGUAUAUAAUUUUGUUUUUCAUAAUUUAUUAUAGGAAUAGUAUUUAUUUUUGUACAUAAUAAACCGUAGAAUCGCUAGUGUAAAUAUCAUCCUACCCUGACCAAAAAUUUUAUUAAUUUAAGAUUGAAUUACUUUAAGAAAAAUCAUUGAUGCUGUGAGUUUUUUUAAACUAGUUGUAGAUUUUAUUAGUUGUACUAAUUUAUUUUAAGAACUUAUUUUUCUACAAUUAUUAUCUUUAAAAUUUAGUAAUAGCUAACGCCAGUCAAUGUACUUAUAACAUCGUUUGAUGAUUUCAAAUAUAAUAUAAAAAUAUUUUAAGGAA